UCCGUAAAGAACAGAGACACCAUCAAGCGAGAGACAUUUGCUCUGUUCCUAACUGCAGCCUUCAAAGCUUUUGGUCAUGGCGGCGGCGGCAUCAACAACUUUAGCCUCGACCAGAACGCUAAUCUCUUUACGAAACCAAUCUCCCUUACUAUGUAUUCCUUCACGUCAAAAUCUCGUGAUCCCCAUCACCUGUUCGAUGAAAAGCUCCUUCAGACACCUAUCUACAUCUUCGUCAAAGUCUCCUAUUAUCCCUCUGUCCGCCACCACGACUAGUUCUCCCAUCACAUCUCCUACAACCGAUGCCAACUUUCAUGGCCUCUGCUACGUGGUGGGUGACAACAUCGACACCGACCAAAUCAUCCCUGCCGAGUACCUCACCCUUGUCCCUUCCAAACCUGAUGAAUACCGCAAGCUCGGCUCUUAUGCCCUCAUUGGCCUUCCCUCUACAUACCCAGUUCGCUUCGUGGAGCCUGGGGAGUUCCAGUCUAAGUACUCUAUUGUCAUCGCUGGUGACAAUUUUGGUUGUGGAUCGUCACGGGAGCACGCCCCUGUAGCGCUUGGGGCCUCUGGGGUAAAGGCUGUUGUGGCAGAGUCAUACGCGAGGAUAUUCUUUAGGAAUUCGGUUGCUACAGGGGAGAUUUAUCCAUUGGAAUCAGAGGUUAGGUUGUGUGAGGAAUGUUCAACUGGAGAUGUUGUUACUGUUGAGCUUGCUGAGUGCCGGUUAAUUAAUCACACGACCGGGAAGGAGUACAAGCUGAAGCAUAUUGGAGAUGCUGGACCUGUCAUUGAAGCUGGAGGGAUUUUUGCUUAUGCAAGGAAGACUGGGAUGAUCCCAUCCGCCUGAUUUCGACCUGAAAUCUGGGUUUGGAAAUUACAAGAUUCUCAGAAUCAUGAAUGUAUAAGCAAUGAGUGGAUUUAAGUCAUUUUCUUUCAAAACCUUGGGUUGAGAGCCUCUCCGUAACAGCCUUGCAUUCGUAAUGGAGCUGGUUUUCCUUUAAUUGAGAAGUAAAUAGGAGUUCAGCUUAUGUAAUGCUGUGUUUUGUUGUUCUAGUUUAUAUGUGGAACUUCCAGAUUUAGAUUUUUCAACUUUAUGUUAUUGAACUGUUGAGGUGCAUUUGUUGCACUUGAUUUUAGCUUGAGUAGCAAUAAAAUCUGAUGGUUUCUAUAGGA